CUAUCUCCUUGCCCUUACAUAGUGAAAUGUAUGUAGGGUCCAUGACCCCGUACACUACAUACAUAUUCCGUGAUCCGGCCCCUUGGCGCUCGCCAGCACCGUAACAUCACGACUCUUGUUGGCUGUGACGUUGUCUCCUUCUGGAUAUAACCUUACCUCCUUACCUCGCAGGCCCCUUCAGACGGUCGUUUCUUUUUAUACUUAUAGUUCGUUUCUCGCCAUCUUCCUUUUCACUUUCACGAUCGAUUGUCAACCUGGUGUUGUGUUUGUGUUGCAUUUACUCUUCUGUUUCAUUCAUUCUUUAUACCAAGCACGGGUCUGCUUUCUUGCUGCUUCCAUUCAUUCUCCUUUCGAGCCUUCUACUUGUCUCUUCGAGCUGUGCUCUUCACUUCAUCACACUGAACGACAAUUGUCUAAACGACAAUCAACAAAGUCCAGCAACACACGGCCCGGCCUUGUGGGGUUCCCUACUCAUAUUGUAAUACUGGGACAAGCAUAGUCCACACACGCACACAAGCAUAUACAGCACCAGGCUCGCAUUCCUUCGACGAAAAAGAGACCAUUGAAGGAGACACAACACAGAGUAAAGACAACCUACCUUUAUACCAUCGACGCCAAAUUACCACGAAGCAAGUCGAUCAACAAGACAACAUGCCUUCGAUCACAAAGACCCUCGGCCUGAUCACGGCAUGCCUAGCUGCCUUGACCUCGGCCUUGCCCGCCAUCCCCAAGUUGACAAACAACCAACUCAAGAUCCACAGCUUCAUGAGGCGACAAAAUGCCCUUGCUACCGCCGCCGGUCUAACGGAUGUAGACAUCCUGCAAUUCGCUCUUACGCUUGAACACCUCGAAAAUACCUUCUACCGCGAAGGCUUCGCCAAAUUCCCUGCCGCCGACUUCACCGCCCUCGGGCUCUCCGAGUCUCAGAUCAAGGACCUACAGGGCAUCGGCAGCAUCGAAGAGGAGCACGUAAUCCUGCUCCAGGGCGCCAUCGCCGGUGCCGGCGCCAAGCCCGUACAGGAAUGUAAAUAUAACUUCCAGAACGUCACCUCUGCCGCCGCCAUGGUCGCCACAGCCGCCGUGCUCGAGAACGUUGGCGUGUCGGCAUACCUGGGCGCGGCGCAGCUCGUGACCGACCCGGGCAUCCUGACCACCGCGGGCUCGAUCCUAACGGUUGAGGCACGCCACCAGACGUUCAUCAGAGCGGCGAGCGGCGUGGUGGCGGUGCCGCAGGCCUUCGACACGCCCUUGUCUCCUAAACAGGUGUUCAGCCUUGCGGCGCCCUUCAUCGCGAGCUGUCCCGAUGGGAGCAAUCUGAUCUUGAAGGCGUUUCCAACGCUGACGAUGGGCGGGGACGGGAAGACGGUGGCGGCUGCCGGGUCACAAGUGAAGCUGCAGAGCAGCGAUGCGUCGGCGACGGGUAGCGCGAAGUUCUGCGCUUUCACCACGGGUGGCAUCCCCGGCGGUACGGCAUUCACGGCGUUCGAUGCUGCUACGGGCGCGUGCGUGGUGCCGCAGGGCUUGAAGGGCGUUGUUUAUGUGAACUUGGCGAGCGCGGGCCCGUUGACAGGCAAGCUGACGGAUGAUAUGAUCGUGGCUGGUCCGAUCGUAAUGCAGGUGUCGUGAAACGGUUGAUGGGGAGCGUCGGUUGUUCUGUUUGUAUCGCCAUUGUCAGCAAGAUGUCUUGGCGUUAAUGGGUGGGGAAGCAAAAGGAAAGAGCAGUAGAGACACGAUGGGAAGUAACGAUUCUGUAUUCGAUUCUUGGCAAAUCUUCAAUUGUACAUAAUUCGUACGUGACAUGGACGUCUUCUUCGUCGUCCGGUAAAUCUGGAAAGUGACUCCUGUUCCGCUCGUCAACAAUCGCGAUAUGGCUAGUGGUAUAUGCUUCCGUCCGCAACCCUGCUCUCCCCAAAAGUCCAGCUUGCCAUUCCGUUUUCAAGGGAAGGAACAUGUCCAGUAUUUCGACAGAGACCUGCUCCUGGCCACUGGACUCAAUGGAAAGCGUGAUCUGGGAUGAGAUGGGAAAGUGCGCUGAAGACACUUGUUGUGCUGCUCUUGCCGUUGAUGACGAUCAAUCAGUGAAAGAGACAGACAGAUCGGAAAAUGAGGCGGACAGCUUGCAAGUUAGCUUGGCCGCAUCAUCCAGGUUAGCUUGGCCGCAUCAUCAGGCUCAAAAGGCAGUUGGCAAGCUGCUGUGAAGUAAUUCACAAAGUCUCGUACAAACCAUACACCGGCAACUGUGCACCUCGGUGGUUUUCGAGAUCGCCGACGCCCACAUUCGUGUGGAGGCUGGUCAAUCAGUCACAGUACGCUGGCCUCAAACAUAAACCAAGCAAAAGAUAGACGAAUGGUGGGUAAGUACGAACUGGGAGCGGAGAUGGGUGUCCGUCUUGGAUGCGACAAGCUGGCAGCUACAGUACCAGUGAAGUCCAGCGCCAAGGGUAUGUCGGCCCGUAUAUAGCGCCCACAUGCGAGAUAAGGUCGCACCGUAUGUUGAACGCGGAAGCUUCACUUGCAAUGCAGACAGGCUGCAAGUGCUCGCAGCAGCACCGGAAACCCGCGUUGGCCGCUCGGAGAUGGGGUUUAGGUGCCGUUUAGCCCCGAAUCGUCGCUUGGCGGGGUUGAUGGGAGAGGCGGAUGUGUGGGUACAGUCGAGAUACUGGUUGAUCUCUUGAUACCUUUACUGGUCGGGCGGUGUUUCCGUGAUGUGGACUCGGGCACGGGCACGAUGUCGGGGGUUCCCGCCCAUUGACAUGACUGGCAACCCGAAGUCGGUGGCGUCUAGCGGCCGGGAUUGCCCCUGGUGUUGGCGCUGACCAUCGGGAAGAAUAGGAUGUGAUGAAGCUUGUUUCCACUUCACGGGUGGCCUCUUUUCGCGAGUCGGAUUCAUUUUCAUUUCGGCGCCACGUAAAGAGCAAGAUUGUGCCGCGCUAGGGAUGGACCUGUUGGUCGUGUAGUGUACUCGCCGAAACAAGCCAGCCGGCGGAAAACCACUUGGUGGGAGAAAAGAAUUGAGCUGCGAAACUGCCACCGGAGAGCAGACCUACUCCCGAGGCUGGUCCGAAAAGUGUACUCGACGAGGCCGGCGAUGGUCCAUCAAUCGUCGAAGUUUCAGCAUGUCGAGUUUUUGACGUUGUCGCUUUGGAUAGUCGCUGGCGGAUCAACUCGGCGUAGCUUCCCG